AUGGCACCCGAGAGAAUUAAUGAAACAUUCGGCAGGCUGUGCGGCAGGUCUGUGUGUGUCUCUCUCUGCACAGGCGACACGUACACAGGCACUCUUUCCUCUUUUGACAGAUACUUCAACCUCCAUUUGGUCGACUGCACAUUGGCUCAAAAGGGAAACGAGUUGUUUAUUGCCAAUGUAUUAAUUAGGAAGAGUAGCAUUGUGUUUAUUGCGGAGAAAUAUUUGGAAAAUAAAAAAACAUAA